AUGGACAAGGUUGAUGAAAUUGAAGGUGCUGAGGGGGAGUAUAGAUCACCUGAGAUGGCAUCAGACCAGAUCCUUGACACAGUUGUCGGCUCCCCGAAUAUAGGGCACUUUUUUCGUUCUUGUACUUGGCCCCCCCAAGUCCCCAGUCGUAAUCGUAAAGGGAAGCAUCUUGCGAAAUUACUGUGCCUUCGAAAUUGUGGUGAACGCUUGCUGGCUCCUUCUGACAAUGUUCAACAGCAGAUUUCAAAUUCAUCUCCAUCCAUUCUUUCGAAGGCAGCCAAGUUAGCUCUGAAGCAUCUUGACUUGGGCUCGUCGGCACCUAGUCAGCUGUCCAAAGUACUAAACAGACAAGCAACUGCAAAGCAGGCCCAAUCAUCUCCGGACAUACCUUAUGUACCUACCCGUUUAUCCAGCCCUCCCCCCUCCGAGUUUUCGAGCAUAUCAUCUGACGAGCGUUCACCAACAGCUCAAAGAAAUGGCAUUUUAUCCCCAAGAUCUUCACGUCGUCAUAGAGGUCAUCGGGCUGCCUCGCUUACAUUCCUGACAGAUAACUCCUCUAUCAGCAAGGCAGAGGAGGAGGAAGCGGCGAAUGAGAGUGGUUACGUCGCCUCUACUACUCCCGGAGCAAGUAGUUCUGGAUCGUCAUCGUUUAAGCGCAAAUCUGCACCCGGGCGGUUUCAUCAAGUCCGCAUAAUCGACAGUCGACUUGAGGAACCCGCCGAUGAAGCUGAAGUGCUAGAUGCCCAUCGUCGUCACCACCUUCCCCAUCGAUUUACCCGUUCAUGCACUUCAAAUGAUGAUGAUGAUAGCAGGGGAGAAGAAGACCAACAAACACCUGAUUAUGUCACCAAACCAUCCAUUUCCACUCAAACGGCAGCACCCACCGCAUCAAUUCUUGUGGUUAACCCUCCGCCUGGUGGCAGUAAUGGCUCUCAGAAGCACGUUAUCCUUCUCACGGGCUCUUCUGAACCUUCUCCAUCCACACCAAGUCCUGAUGUGAAUGACUUAUCUCCCAACAUGGCAUUAAUGAAUUCAUCGGGGCCGAAUGAGCUUGCAUACCGGAAUGCCCCUGACAAGCGUCGUCAUUCGAGCUUCGUUCCGGCCUCAACAACAACUGGGAGGCGUAGCGUUGGAGGGGCCUUGAAGCGUUGCAACACUGCGUCCUCGGUGUACAGCGGAGAGCAAACUCCACCGACUCCUGUUAAGUCCACUUUGAAGGCUGCUUUAAUUCGCCAUCAUCACGCGUGUGAACUGGGCCAGCAGUCAUCUCUGCCAUUGUGUUCUCAAGUGCGUCCAAUAAGUCCUUCGCCAAGACAAGUUGUGUCAUCGGACGAGGUGGAGACUGACGGUGGAUGUAAUUUAAGUCGAUUAUCAACCCCCAUGGAACCUGUUUGUGUUGUUAACUUAGCCAGCCCUGCCAGUCAAAACCCCUCUCUCAGUGGUGCACAACAGCGCGUCAAUCUCCUUGUUGAGGGCGUGCGUUUCGUCGUCGAUAUCGACUGUCUCCGAGCACACCCGGACACCAUGCUUGGCAGAAUGUUUCAUUCGGGCUUUCUUGAAAGCACUGCUGCCGUUAGCAACUAUGAUGCGACUACCUAUCCCCAGCAGCAGCCUCCCAGCGGCACAACAACGUGUGAGGAGGAAGAGGAAGACGAAGUUAGUCCUGGAAGCUCCGUGUACAACGCUGCGGACAGCAGUUCAAGGGGUGGCGCGAUGGACGUCGAACACUGGAUGGCGGCCUCGUCGCGCGUUGUCGGAGAGGUGUCUGGCACCGCACACCUCGCAACCCACUCUGCGCCCGCCUCCUAUCGAUCCCACAGGGGCAGCUUUUGUGGAAGUCGCAGACGCAACAAUGCACCUAUGGACAUAUUGCUAAGCGGUAGUGGAGUCACCGCUAACGUCUUUCGUGUUAUCCUUGAUUAUUAUCUGGUGGGAAAAAUGUCAUGUCCACCCGGGGUCUCUGUGAGGCAGCUCAAGCAAGCCUGUGAAUAUUUUCUCAUUCCCUUCAACCACGAGACCGUCUCUUGCAGUAACUUGCGUGAAUUUCUUCACGAGGUCUCCAAUGACGGUGCCUACACGAUCUUUGAGCAAUUCCUCGACGAGAAGAUUGUUCCCAAGUUCAUGAAGUGCGCACAGAUGGGCGAACGUGAGUGCCACAUCGUCAUCCUAACCGACGACGAGCAGGUCCACUGGGAUGACGAGUACCCGCCCCAGAUGCCGGAGCCUGAACUUACCUCUCACAUUAUAUACAGCACCCGAAUGUACCGCUUCUUGAAGUACAUCGAGAACCGAGAGAUCGCUAAGUUGGUCCUUGUCGAGCGUGGACUGAAAAAGAUACGAAUCGGUAUUGAAGGUUAUCCGACUUGCAAGGAGCGCAUGAAGUUCCGCGUAGGCUCAAGACCAGAAGCCAUCUAUAACUACGUGCAGCGCCCGUUUCUUCGUAUGUCAUGGGAACAGGAAGAGAACAAGUCGCGUCACGUUGAUUUUCAGUGCGUGAAAAGCAAGUCGGUGAGUGACCUGACUAGCCUGGAUCAAGCUAUAAUCGAUCGGCCGCCUUUGGUCCCAAGUGGGAGAGAAGAGGGCGGAGUUGGGGACCCUAUACCGCCCCGGUUUUCACCCUCCCUGCCCCAUCCACCACCACCACCACCCCUUACUGGUUCGCGUGGGAACCCCCAGUCGCCCCCGUGA